GAGGAGUUGGAGGAGCGAGCGAUGUCGUACGACGUCGUCUGUAGCUACAUAUGCCACAUCAUCAAGAGAUUCAAGACGUCACAUCCGAAACACGUCGAGAGCAUCCGGAAGCUCAAGAUGCUGCUUCCGAAGCUGCACAUGCACGCACACAAGGAGCUCUGUCAGGUGGUCUAUGCGUUCUGCUAUGCGCGAGGCUUCGGCCUGGCCCAUGGGGAAGGCGUCGAGACGCCAUGGGCGGAACUGAACGCUGCUGGUCUGUCCACCCGCGAGAUGACUGCCGGUGCGCGACACGAUGCGUUGGAGUCUCUGUUCAACUAUUGGAACUGGCGGAAGACACAGCAAAUGGGU